AUGGGGAUUAAAAAGGUGCCACUAAGUUUGAGUUUAGUCGUGAUCUUUGCUGCGUGGACAGCGAGAAGCACAACAACCAAGUAUUACACGUAUGAAGAAAACGCACCAGGAACCGUUAUAGGAAAUCUUUCAACUGAUCUGAAGAUCAACCUGUCUGAAGACCCGCACACGAGCUUUCGGUUCAUGCAAGAGGGCAAUGCAUCACUAAUACGCAUGCGGAAAAGCGACGGGCUGCUCACGGUGGGAACGCGCAUUGACCGGGAGAGUCUGUGCGGCUCGUUUACGCAUUGCAUGAUCACCGCGGACGUGGUGGUUUUCUCCAAAGAAAAAUUCCACCUGAUCCACGUCGAGAUCCACGUCAGAGACAUUAACGACCACGCUCCGGUGUUUCCACGUGACGAGACCCGGCUCGAGAUUUCAGAGAACGCAGCCGUGGACGCGCGCUUUCCCAUCGAAGUCGCCACCGACCUGGAUGUCGGAAACAAUUACAUCCAAAGUUAUGAGCUCAUCAACAGUAGCCAUUUUGAUAUUGAGGUAGGAACUGAUGAAGAUGGCAAGAAGUUUGCUCAGCUCGUGCUUGCGCAAAAGCUUGACAGGGAGCUUGAAGAUUCUUACGCACUCCAAGUUAUCGCAAGUGAUGGCGGAAGUCCACCAAAGUCCGGAUCAAUGACUGUGCGUGUAAAAGUUUUGGACUCUAAUGACAACAGUCCGCGGUUCGAGCAUGACACCAUUCGAGUCGAGGUGCCCGAAGACGCACCUGUUGGUUUUCUUUUGCUCAGAGUCCAAGCAUUCGACCCUGACCACGGCGAAAACGGGGACGUGCGUUAUGAUCUCGGAGAGGACGAAUGGAGCGAGAUUAAAAGCACCUUCGGUGUUGAUCCCAUUAGUGGGGCACUGACCUUAAAAUCUUCACUCGACUUCGAAGUGAGAAAAUCUUAUGAGCUGCACGUAAAGGCGUAUGAUCUAGGCGCCGAUUCGGUUCCUUCGACUUGCACGGUCAGCCUCGAAGUCAUGGACGUGAACGACAACGCACCAGAAGUCACGAUCAAGCCGAUGGCUUCAAGGCAUGGAGACAUGGCGUACAUCACGGAGGCGGCGGCGGUGGAAAGUUUCGUCGCGCUCGUGAGCACCAUGGACAGGGACUCGGGUGCAAACGGCUACGUGCGCAUCAGUCUGCACGGGCACGCGCACUUCAAACUCCAGCAGGCGUAUGGAGACACACUCAUGAUCGUCACCACGUCUGGUUUGGACCGGGAGAAGAUUCCUGAAUACAACCUCACUGUUAUAGCAGAAGAUCUCGGCUCGCCGCCGUUUAAGACUUUCACCCAGUACACAAUCAGAGUGAGUGACGUGAAUGACAAUGCUCCAUCGUUCAGCAAACCCGUCUUCGAAAUUUCAGUGAUGGAAAACAAAGCACCAGGAUCCUAUGUGGCUUCUUUGGUAGCUCGUGAUCCUGAUGAAGGAGCCAACGGCAAGGUGACGUACAAGCUUCUUGAAAAUGAAGUUGAAGAAGUUCCGUUGAGUUCUUUUCUCACAGUUGAUCCAGCUUCUGGGACUCUUUAUACAAUGAGGCCUCUGGACUAUGAAUAUGUCAAGCAGUUCGAAGUGGCCAUCCAAGCCACAGACGGUGGCUCCCCACCUCUCUCAAGCACAGCUCUGGUCAAGGUCAGGGUUGUGGAUGAGAAUGACAACACGCCCUAUUUUGUUCACCCCAUCCUCAUCAAUGGCUCGGCAGACAUACCUUUACCAUGCAAUGCUCCUGCUGGUUACAUGGCCCUGAAACUAGAGGGCCGUGAUGAUGAUGAUGAUGAUGAUGCAAUGAACGCCAAGCUCUCCUACACCAUUAUGGAGGAUGAGGCUUUCCUGUUUGUUAUAAAUGAAAAUACAGGUGAGAUGGCACUAAAGCGUGACCUGGGACUUGUAUUUGGAGACACACUGCAUGUCAGAGUGGCAGUAAGCGAUCAUGGCCGGACACCUCUUUUCCACACAGCCUCAAUCCGUUUUGUGAUUUCGGAUGCUAUGCCCUUAGAAGAACAAAUGUUGGUGGUUCUUGAGGCAAGUCAGAAACAGAAUGAGCCUAACUUUGAUGCUUCCUUCAUCAUAAUUGGGCUUCUGGUUGCUGCUUGUGCUGUAUUACUGGUCGCCAUUGUGGCUGUCGCGCUGUCACGCAGGAAUGUCCAGAGGAAUGCUGGCUCCAUCAGCAAAAUAUCUGCGGAAAACUUCAGAAAAAGUCAACUGCCAACACACAGCAUUGACUCAACAGAUUCCAGCAGCCUCUCUGGAGGAAGUGUUACAGUCACUGAGCAGAUUUCAUCUUCAAGGGAUGAAUCGUCUUUCUCUUAUGAAGAUGAGCAAAGCAGAGAUUCUGACAGUAAGAUGUUUCGACCUCUUCUUCCGAAAGAUAAUUUUGAGCAGGUUUCUCUUUGGCAAGGAGACAGAUUCACACUUCAGAGAAGUGAAAUCGAAUCUGUUGAUCAAACGAGCAUAAAGGACAGUGGCAAAGGAGACAGCGACUCCAAUGACAGUGAUUCUGACAGCGGAAAAGCCAGUUUGAAAAUUGCUAACAUUAGCCACCAACGAGCUAGCAGUUCUGUGUACACUGGACCAGUGGAUGGAGCUGGAGUAUGCAGAACCAGAGAGAUUCCAACACACACUAGCAGCACUCAUGUGAGCAACACUGGGUACACUGUGGCAUAUCGGACACUGGACUAUACCCGCCAUCCAGCUGCUUCCAACCAAGGGCCAUCUGUCAGAGACUACAGUUGUAAUACAGUCGUCUGCCAAACCAAAGAUUACCCACAUGCCCCUGUGUUUCACAGGAUGGGGACACAACCCUCCUAUUCCUAUCUGCAUCACAUACACAGACAGUUAGACAAACAAGCCGCAUCUCCCAGAGAGCUGAUCCCAGACAUCACCACCAUGCCUGUAGCAUCCUUUUAA